ACGUAGUAUAAAGUCACCAUUGAUGGAGGGUUUAGUUGGAUAAAGGAUUUCCUAUAUGAGUUUAUACAAAACAGUUUAUUCGAUAUGGGUACAAAUACACAGGAAGUCCCCGCUUAUCUCAUUUACAUUUUACGGAAACUAGAGCAGUAUGGUCACAUUGGUGUAAACAGCAAUAGCUAACUUAAAUAUUUAGUAUUUGAACCUAUUCAUGAGUCCAUAAUUUCAUAAUACCUUUCUUAUAGUGUCAUUUUGAAAGGAUUUAUAAACAAUGGCUGAUAACGACACGGUCCCUGAAUAUUGCUACUCGUGGCUGGAGGAGAGGGUCUCUGUUAACGCCACGCUACAUGACGUCAAUGGACAGUUCCAGGCCAGAAACAUUGGCGGGAUCGUCUUUGUCUCUCUGCUCUGCAUAGCUGGUGUCUUCGGAAAUUUUCACGUGCUGUUAGUGUUUUCCCGCCAUUACAAGCGAUCGUCUUACCGGACCUACAUCUUGUUCCUCGGGGCUCUAGACAUGACAAACUCCGCCAUCAGUAUGCCACUGACGAUAGUGUAUCUAAGCUUCCCUCUGGAAUACUUCAACGACUUCUUCUGUAAAAUAUACAGGUUCCUGCUUUAUUACGUCAGUAUUGCCUCUACACUCAUCUUGGUCAUUAUAGCGGUUGAUCGAUACAGGAAAAUUCGAACACCCCUUAAGCGUCAAUGGACAGAAAAACAAACUUUUCGGUUUUGUAUUGCAGGUCUGGCUUUUGGGUUACUUUUUGCUUGGCCAGCACCUGUUCUUUACGGUGGGAGUUCUGUGCCUUUACCAAUUAAUAAUUUGACCGGGAACCGGUGUUAUAUAGAGGAUCAGUUCAAACACAUGCCGUUUAUUGCUAUAUUUAACAUUAUACUUUCGUCCCUAUUUGUUUUGAUACUAUCUAUUCUUACGACCCUUUAUCAUUACAUUUGGAAAGCAGUGAAGAAGUUCGUCUAUUUCCCCACAGAUGUCGGGUCGCUGUCGUCGUUAACACAUUCGACUUUGGUUGAACUCGAUAAAAAAUGUUCCAAUAAAGAUAAUCACAAAGAGAAGAACCCGCGGUACAUACAGCUCCGGCGAACCACCAUAACUCUCCUCCUGGUUACCGUUGGUUACCUGGUCUCGGCGUUCCCCCACCAUGGUUUGGCGCUGGUCAUCUUUGUUUUUCCGGAUGUAGAGUGUAAGAUGUCAUUCGGUGCAGGUGUGAUAUACUACACAUUUGUGUGGAUAUUCCUCGUGAACAAUGUGAUCAACCCAAUUAUUUACUCACUUUCAGACGUGAAGUUUUUGAAAAGAUUGAAAUCGAUGUACAAUUUUAAAGCGAUCAAAUGUAAUGGAACAUGAAAAUAUUGUCUUUUACAAUAUCGUUAUCUGACAAUAGGGAUGUUUUCAUAUGUUAUCGGUUUCAGUAAGCACUUCCGGUCCAGUGCCACCCAUACAGUACCGAAUGAGUUUGAUCUCAGAUCCAUUUGGUCCUAACGAUUUCAUUGUCUACCCGGAAAUAACAAUUAAAAAACAUUUUUAAAAUUGUCACAAUUUAAGUGUGUGUGCAACGAGCAUUAUACAUUUAUAGCGUUCUUUCAGCAUGUUUCUGCUUUAUAAGCGUGAAUAUCGUGUACAUGAUUAACUGUACGGAAUGUUGUGUGAGGAUUUGGAAUAAAUAGCAUUCGACAAAAAUAAAA